CUUGUACCCGUUUUUUUUUUAGUCAAUUAACUUAUUUUUCAAGUCAAGAUUUUACAAGUAUUCCGUAUUAUGGUAUGGUUAAACAUUGUAGCAGGAGUAGGUGUACUGGCAGUUUUGAUAAUCCUGAAUGUAGCAUGGUCGCUUUAUAAAAAAAGACACAUUUUUAAAUUUGCGAAAAAUUUUAAGGGUUUUACGUUCUAUCCACUAUUUGGAUACUAUUGGCGACUUAGAAACGCAGAUGUCUACGAGGCGAUACGCACAGAAGCCAAGGAAUUGGGACUACCAUGCAACUUAUGGUUAGGCCAUAACUAUAUACAUAUUACAGACGAUGCAGAAGUUGUAAGAGUUAUACUUAACCAUCCAGAUAGUUUGAAUAAAGCUUGUGUCUAUGAUCUAGUCAAGAUAGUAUUUCAAGAUUGCCUUCUCCUUUACGAUGCUGAAGAUUGGAAAGUGCGACGGAAGUUUUUCGCGAAAAGUUUUAGCCAGCCUUUUACAAUAAUAGCAAUACAAUAUACUUUUACAAUAAUAGCAAUGUGUUGCUAGAUGUGCUACGCAAUGGUUACGAGGAUCUCUUCAGCGUGUUUGGUCGUUAUACCUACGACACAUUUUGCGACAUAAUUGUCGGCAAGAGCUUCAACUUACAAAUUGAUCCCAGCAAUAGACUGAUAGAGGAUAUGGACGCAGCCCAGAAAUAUUUGGGAGAAAAUAGUAUGGCGGGAAUUACGUUUGGUCUUCUAUUUCAACUGAAGGCUCUUGUUACUAAUGGAUGGAGCACGUUUGCACUGAUAAAUAAAUUAAGAAAACUUAGUUCCAGUAUGACCGACUUUAGGAGAAAAGAACUGCAGAAGUAUCCAGUUGUAGGAUCCCAGUUAUCGUUUCUGGAUGCAAUGAUAAGCCGAGGUGACCUUUUUCAUCCAAGCAUUAUGUCCAAAGAAUUACUGGUUUUUGCAUUAGCCGCUACAGACACUACUGGAAACGCAUUGGCUUUUACUUUCACAUUAUUGGGAAUGCAUCCAGAAAUCCAGGAAAAAGUAUAUGAAGAGGUAAUAACGGAGAUUGGUCGCGAUACACCAAUUGAAAUAGAUCAUUUACCAAAAUUGAAAUAUACGGAAAGAGUUAUAUCCGAAAGUAUGAGAAUACUUCCGCCCGUUAAUAUGGUGGCCAGAUAUAUUAAUAAGGACAUUCAAAUUGGAGACAAAACAUUUCCUAAAGGAGCCAAUGUACUGAUUUAUACCCUUGCACUUCACCGUAAUAGCAAAUAUUGGCCAAACCCCGAGAAGUUUGACCCAGACAGGUUUCUACCAGAAGAAAUUGCCAAAAGACCGUCGUCUUGCUACAUACCGUUUUCGUGGGGGCCAAGGAAUUGCAUAGGCAAAGUAUACGCAAUGAUGUCUAUGAAAGUGGUGGUGGCCAAUGUGAUACGAAACUUUCGGGUAUCAUCCAAGUAUCGCUCGAUUGAUGACAUGGAGAUGAGAUGCUUUAUCACAAUGAGAACGAUAAAUGAUAUCGACUGCCAUUUUUCACCCAGAAAUUAAUUAAAGAUAUUUU